AUGGCCCCAUUCGAGGCCAUAUAUGGGAGGCGAUGUUGUUCGCCUACAGGGUGGUUUGAAUUAGGUGAAACGAAGCUUAUUGGGCCAAACAUAGUACAUGAUGCCUUGAAAAAGGUGAAACUUAUUCAGGAACGACUUAAAACAGCUCAAAGCCGACAAAAGUCAUACUCAGAUAUAAGACGCCGCGAUCUUGAGUUCAAAGAGGGUGACUAUGUAUUUUUAAAGGUGUCUCCAAUGAAGGGUAUCAUGAGGUUUGGUAGAAAAGGGAAGCUUAGCCCAAGAUAUAUAGGGCCUUAUCCAAUUCUUAAAAGGAUUGGGCUUGUAGCAUAUCGACUAGCUUUACCGUCAGAGUUAUCUUCUGUGCAUCAAGUUUUUCAUAUGUCCAUAAUGAAACAGUACUUUCACGACCCAAGUCAUGUACUUGAUAGACAGGAGGUAGAGAUUGAUGAUACUCUGACAUAUGAGGAGGUCCCUGUAGCUAUAAUAGACAGGCAAGUACGUAGACUUCGAACCAAAGACAAUGCUUUGGUGAAAGUAAUAUGGAGAAACCACUCAGACGAGGAAGCUACGAGGGAGCCCGAGGAAGCCAUAAAGAAAAAAUAUCCUUAUUUGUUUGAGAUUUCAGGUAUAUGGGUGUGCCUUAAUAUUGUAUAUUAUUGGAUUGAGUGGCAAGAGGUGCAAAGUGUUAUUGUUAUUCGGGUGUUGGACAUGUUGAAAAUUUAUGGAAAGCUCCAGUUACAAGGGAGACUCUUCCGAAAUUUUUAA